AAACUGUAGGCUUAUUGGAUCUUUUAGUUUAAGAUCCACGUAUUUAUUGAAAAAUUAAUUAUUUUGAAUAAAGUUCAAGAGUUCAAUAUUUACCAUGGAUCAGUGGCUGAAAGAAGGACUAUCUAAAAUUUUAGAUUUCGAGAUACCAGACGAUUUAAUACAGUACGUGUUAUCUAUAGAGAGUGAGAAUGAUUUGAAUGAGUAUAUGAAAACUCUUCUGGACUUUGAUAACUCACAACAUAAAGGUUUCUUCUUAGAACUGUGCAAGAGGAAGUUUCCCGGCAGAGGCAAUGCCCAAACAAAGCAACAAAAGAAGAAGAUAUCUAAGAACAAACAGCAGACUGACUUCACCAGUACAGAGAUACCGAUGCAGGUGCAGCUGCCUGCUGAAGACAGCAAGUCCAAGAAGAAGACCAAGUUUGUGAACCUGUACUCACAGGAGGGGAAGAAUGCACAGGUUGUGCUUAUUAAAGGACGCCACCACUGCGAAUGCCAGGCGUCAAAACACGAGCUGAUCAAUAACUGCAUACAAUGCGGCCGCGUCGUCUGCAAGCAGGAGGGAUCCGGCCCAUGUCUGUUUUGUGGGAAUCUGGUGUGCACCCCUGAAGAACAGAAAGAGAUAAACACCAAGACGAAGGGCGGCGCGAAGCUGAUGGAGUCGCUGAUGGAGCGCAGCCGGCCCAAGGGCUGGGAGGCCGCCGUGUCGCACAGGAACAGGCUGCUGGAGUACGACCGUACUAGUGAGCGUCGCACGCGCGUCACGGACGACGACAGUGACUACUUCAGCGCGAACAGCGUGUGGCUGAACGCGUCCGAGCGGGAGAAGCUGGACAAGUACCAGCAGAGCAUACAGGAGAAGAAGCACGGCUCCCGGCUUAACAAGAAGAUGACCUUCGACUUCGCUGGCCGCCAGAUAGUGGAGGACACGUCGGUGGACAACGAGCCCGAUGAGGAGUUGAUCUCUGAGAUGACCCGCUCUGUGAGCGCGGCCCGCGCGCCGCAACACGACCUGCUCAUCGGAGUCUCUGACGACAGGGACGUCGCGCCCGGGGUCAAUGCUCCGCUACUACAGUUCCAUCCUGCCGUGGAGAGCCAGGGCUACGCGGCCGUGGCGCGGCGUGCCCCCGGGCAGCACUCGCCGCGCGUGCAGGACGCCGAGCUGCAGGAGAUGAGCGACGCCGGCCGCUGUCUGUCCAUGCACCAGCCCUGGGCGUCGCUGCUCAUCGAGGGGAUUAAACUACACGAAGGUCGCACGUGGUACACCAGCCAUCGCGGGCGGCUGUGGAUCGCGUCCACCGUGAAGCCCCCCGACCAGGACCUGGUUAGGGCCAUGGAGACACACUACAGGGUGCUAUAUCCAGAUUUCGAGAUAAAGUUUCCAUCGUUCUACCCCACCGGCUGUCUGCUCGGCUGCGUCAAUGUUGUUGACUGCUUAACACAAGAGGAGUAUCAGAAAAAAUAUCCUGACGGCGACUGCGACAGUCCAUACGUGUUCAUCUGUUCAAACCCGAUCAGUCUGAGGCUUCGCUUCCCGAUCAAAGGACAACACAAGAUUUAUGCCCUUGAGAAGACUAUCCACCAGGCCGCCGUGAAGUGUAUUCAGAAAAUGUCCAAAAUGCAAGCUACGGAGGCCAACGCAGCUUAAUAACAUACCAGUAUAGUUUUACAUAUUUAUACGCAUGUAGCAUUUAAUAAUACACGGAAUAUCUUCAGAAAAA